AUGGCUGUCAACCUUGGAAACCUGGCGCUGUUACUGGACCUGGCUUCGCCGCGGGGCGCGAUUCUUGAGAGGAAGGCUCGUCCUGUUGGAUCCGACGUCGUUUUUAGCUCGCCGCCCUCCAAGAAGGACUCCCCCUCCUGCUGCUGCUACGCGGCCGAAGGAGAAGCGCGGAGCCGCGUGGUGGUGGCGCGUGGGAAAUCGAACUCGGAGAAGAACGGCGUGGAGUUCGACAGCGACGAGGAGGAGGAGGAGGAGGGCGGCGGGUUGGAGGACUGGGAGACGAAAAUGCGGCGGAGAGUGAGGGAGUUAGAGGCGAGGAUGGAGCUGGAGAAGAAGGCAGAGGAGUUGCAGAGCCGCGUUGAAGAAGGCGAUGAAGAAACUGAGGAAGAGAAGAGGAUGAGAGUCAGAAAAGAACUCGAAAAGGUGGCUAAGGAACAGGCCGAGAGGAGGGCCACUGCACAGUUGAUGUUUGAUUUGGGCCAGAAGGCUUACGGCAAGGGCUCCUAUGGACGUGCCAUUGAGUUUCUUGAAGCUGCACUCACUAUCAUACCCAGACCUACGUUAUUUGGUGGUGAGAUUCAAAUAUGGCUGGCUAUGGCUUAUGAGGCCCAUAACCGCCAUAAAGAUUGCAUUGCUCUAUACCAGCAAUUAGAAAAGACGCACCCAAGUGUUAGCAUCCGACGCCAAGCCGCAGAGCUUCGGUACAUUCUGCAAGCGCCAAAGCUGAAGAUAACCCAGGAGGAGAUGGUGACCAUACCCUUGAUUGGCUCUAGUUAUGACAGCUAUGCGGCAACAUGGAGUGAUAAAUACAAGGACAAGGAUCGAAAAAUGAGUGGAUCAGUCACGAAUCAGCUUCCAUCAUCCAAAGAUUACCUUGCGGACUUUCUUGUAUGGAAACCUCCCGUUGGGUUAGGGAAAAGUCGAGCAUUCUGGGUUGGCUUAACAGUAUGGUUGGGAUUGGUUGGGGCUACCCUCUUUAUUCAAAGAUAA